AUGGCGGCAACAAGUCAGUCGCUGCCUUGGGAUGAAAGGCUGGAUUACCUCCUUAAAUGGUUGGAAGAGUCCGAGGGUUUUGCUGUUAACGAGCACGUACGUCUUCAAGAUACCAAAAGAUCCGGAAGAGGCCUCUACCUGAAAUCUGGUGCACUGAAGAAAAGAGACUGCAUAGUUUCUAUACCGGGCGAUAAACAACUGAACUUCUACACUGUUAUUUACCAUAUUUCACUCUUCAAUUGUGAGUUGGCUAUAGACGGUGUCAGCUGUCCGAGCUCAGAUCGAGCCAACAACAAAAUUUACGAAGCAGACGAUCCUAGAACGGAGGCUUAUCGUCACUUGACAAACAACGUGGUACUUGGGUUGAGCUCUUUCCAACUAUUGUCUUUGUUUAUUUUAUUUGAGUGGAAGAUCCUUCCACAAGAGUCAAACUUCACAUCCUUUUGGAAGCCAUUCUUUGAUGUUUUCCCAUCCUUUGAAGACCUAAGGUCGAUUCCAGCUACGUGGGUUUGUGACCCUGAAUCUGGGAAUCUUGAGCUGAUUGAAAUGCUACCAGCUGCCUCCAAGAAACAUGCCGAGAGAAUGGUUUCUCAGGUAAAGCAUGAUUGGGAGACGAUAUUUCCUUUUAUACAAAAAUGGUUGGAAAGUCGCGAGGGUGCUUCUCAGAUAAACAAACAAAAACUAUUUUCUGAGUUUGUCCAUGUGUACUUCGUCAUCAAUUCGAGAUGCUUGUACAUCGAGAUACCAUUAAAAACCGACGUUGCUGAUAAUUUUACCAUGGUACCCUUUGUGGACUUUUUAAACCACAACUCUGACGUUGAUGCAUAUUGUAAGCCCCGCAUCGAACGCUUAAAAAAGAGCCCUUGUGGACUAGGAAAUUUCAGCAUUGUUGCGGGAGAUCACGAAUAUGUUAAUCUUGGAGAGGAGAUUCUUUUGAACUAUGGCGCACACUCUAACGAUUUUCUCCUCAAUGAAUACGGAUUCGUUCUUGGCGAAAACAUGUGGAAUUAUAUUGAUGUCUCAUCGGAAGCUAUGGAACUUAUUUCGCAGGUACAUGUUAAGGAAUUCUUGAUAGAAAAUAAUUAUUGGGGAGAUUACACAAUAUCUUCCAGUGAGGUCAGCUUUCGACUACUAGUAGCAUUUGCAGCUGUGGUUUGUUCUGACUUGAGAAAAGUGGAGAAGUUCAUGUUGGGUUAUAUUACUGAGUCAUCAUUCGGUUCAGCACUGAGCAGUAUGUUGAGAGAAUUCAUCGCGUCCUUGACAAAAAAUGUCGAGACCAAGGUUAGGAGCCUAAAAGCUACCAGUAAGCCAGACCCCCUGUGCUCUCAAAAUGUGUUACAUGUUUAUGAAGGUUAUUUACAAAUCCUGCGACAACACUUAGGAGACAAUGCAUAA